GAGCAGAAGAAUGACACAGGAUAUAUAAAGGGAAGAACACUAGUGCAAGGCAACUGCAGCAUGCUUCUCGCCAGCGUACAAUACGUGAGCAUGUAAAAAAACACCCCCACUCUUUAAACGGAUACCUGCAUUAACGCUAAAACAAAGGGGGGUUAUAAAUGCAAUAUAUUAUAAACACGUUCUUCAUUCUGUACUCGACAUUAAAACUGAUUGAAAACAAAAAAGCUACUGGAGGAAUAAUAGUUAUACAACAUUAGGAAUUACACGUUUUCAAGUUAACACACCGCGGUGGCAUUUUUCGUAUAUUGGAACAUAGUAAAUAAACUUGAAACAAUGCAACGUUUUCCACGCUUUAACGAAGGGCUCCAGAUUGAGAUUCAGAUUUCAAAUUUAACAGGCUUGGAACACGACUGGACUGGGGUCUAUGCUGCUGUACGAUGGAUCCAGUUUAUCAUGGCUAUUUUAAGUAUCUUAGGUUCAGGCUCUAUCAUUACUUAUGCUGCAUUCCAGAAUUUAAUCAAGACUCCAGAGAUCCGGCCCCUCUUCUACCUGAGCUUCACUGACCUGCUGCUGGGGGUCAGCUGGCUGGUUGGAGCUGUGUUGUACAGAGAACCUCUGGGCAGUCAGAACGUCGCCUGCUAUAACCUGCAAUCCAUAGGACAAAUAUUCUAUGUAUCUUCCUUCUUCUACACUAUAAACUACACCUGGGUCCUGUACACGGAUUUAAAGGAAAAGUACAACAGGACAGUGAAUGGCUUCUCUCAAGUGGGUUCAAACCAUGCGUAUCGAAUCAGCAGGAUCAUGACAAUUUUAUCAGGUGUGAUCCCUGUUCUCCUAAUGGCUCCAGUGUUUUGGGGUGGGAAUGUUGCAAAGUGCUACCAGAACUUCAGUCAGCCCUACAAAUGUCUUCUGAUGCACACUGGGACCCUGGAGCCGGACACAGGCUACAAUGAAAGUGACACAAAGGUCUGCCAUGCCAUGCAUUACUAUGGCAUUGGUGUCUUCCUGCUGACUUUCUUCUGCACGUUCACAGGCAUCGUGGUUUUGCUGGUGAAAGCGCGCUCGCUGUACAAGCGCUUUGUGAACUCCAGCGGGUUUCUGGGAGACCAGCAGUGGGUGAACAUCAGUGUGAUUGAGCGCAGGGUCAUCCUCUACCCCACCGCCUUCUUCUGCUGCUGGGGGCCAGCUGUUGUUCUUGAGACAGUGAAGCUGUUUAACCCGACUGGCCAGGAGAAGUUCUAUGUGUCCCUCUACAUCCUUCAGGCGUUCACCUCGGCCUCACAGGGCAUCCUGAACUGCUUCGUGUACGGCUUCACGCAGCACAUGAUCCGCUUCAUGAAGAAUAAGACGUCCCGGGAUGUCGACACCCAGACCCCAUUACUGCGCUCCCAGAAGAAAUGCUAUGCCUCUCGGCACUCCAUCAGCACAGGCACCUCCCAGACAACAGGCUAGGUAUUGUGGCCCACGUUUACCCAAUGAGGGUCAGUAGUGAUCAGUGAUGAUGCACAGAUUCUGGAAUCUUCAGCAUCAUUCCAAUGACAUAAGUGCAAAAAGGUGGACAAAAUGUCCUGUUUAAGGGUGAUUCUGUACCCCUGAAAGGCUCCCCCUGCAUUUUGGGUUAGAUUAACUGAGCAUUUGCACCAGUUUAUUGUAAAAUACAAUGUUAACGUUGCUAAACCCAAGGUGUUAUUUUACAAGCUCUCACGUACACCGUAUUUGUUUUGCUUGUAUUGUUUUAUUACUGGGUUAUUUUUUGAACAGUGCUGUAAGGAUGCAUGUUUUUUUUGGUGUUACAAGAAUUGAGCAAACUUUAGAAUUAAGUAAAUGCUUAGUGGAUUUGGUACUUUGUGUUUGAUCCCCGAAGAACUGAACGGGAAAGCUAGCUAUUAAACAUGUCUCUGAAAAAAUGACAUUAAGACCACGCUACCAUCCACCAUCAAAUGUCUUGAAGGACAGCUUGCUUUGUAAGUUACAUAAAUGGGAUCACACAGGAAAACACAGCAGUAUCACUUCCUAAUACUUCCUGUCGCAGCCUUCUGCAUUAAACAGCACUUGAGCUUCGUCCCGUGGUGUCCCGAGUUGUUAUCACUGUCAGUUCAUGAGCGGUGAAUCAUUCUGCAUUGGGGCUGUGAUGUCUUUUCCCCCAAUACUCCACAGUACAGACGAUUCCGUUGAAGGAAUUGCAGUUUUCUAUGUACAUUACUUUGUAUGCAUUGACAUUAUUUUUUCUUGUCUUUUUUAAUGCAAAAUAAACCUCUUGCUGUUUUAAUAUUAUUGUUAAUAAUAUGUUGUUAUUAUUAAAUAUUAUAACUGGAAAAGGUAACUGAGUUUGGAUACAGCAUGCAGGUACACUACCUACUGUUUUUGCAAUAUGUAAGUCAAGUACUUACAACAAAAUCAUACGAUCAAAAAAAAAUAAUUAAAUAUACGUUAAUGUAUAGAGUUCCAUCCUCCCAAUCACAGAAGCGUGUGCUACAUGCAUGUACUAAAUAUUAGUAAGUACGGUCAGACUGUAUGUAGUUCUUAACCUGGAUUUUGCAGUGUGUCUCUGAUUUUUGAGUAUUUCUUGUAAAGCAGGAUUAAAAAGAUUUGA